CCUCACCGCGGAACUCAAAACACAAGAGGAUACAACCUGAGCUAGUGGCCGUAAACUUAAAACCCGUCGCCACUUCCACCUUCCGCUUUGCUCUCGGAUUACAACGGCACGUCACGAACGUUUCGUUCUAGAUAACCUUCCUCGAAGAGAAGUUACCUAACAUCUGACCGCGGCAGGUAGAGGAAGAGGGAUGGCGGCGGUGAGCCGGGUGACUGUCACCAGGUUCAAAGUAUGAACGUGCUGAUACGGCGUUUUUAAAAGUGGACCAUCGUUGACACAACGACAGACCAGACCGCGGUGCCACGCUGUCACUCUGAACUUGGCAACUGUGUGACUGAAUUGCAAGAUGAGUUCAGAAGAGCACAAUGUGACGCUGUCCUCAAAGGUGAUCUCCCCCAUGCCCACCUCACCAAUCACAGCAUCAUUUCCUCAAAGGAAAGAGAGUACUACUUCUACUGAAGAUAAAAGGGACAGCUGGGAGGUGGUUGAGGACCUGCAGAGUUUGACAGCAAAUGUUCAGAAGCCUAAGAAGCAGGAGGGACUGAUGCUGAAAAAGAGAAAGUGGCCCAUGAAAGGAUGGCAUAAGAGAUAUUUCCUGCUUGAGAAGGGCAUCCUGACAUAUGCCAAGACAGGGACUGAUUUGAAGAAGGGGAGGUUACGAGGUCGCAUUGAUGUUGGUCUCUCUGUUAUGGCUAUGAAAAAGAAGUCAUUGUGCAUCGAUCUGGAUACAGAGGACAGUAUUUACCAUCUUAAGGUAAAGUCUCGGGAUCUGUUUGAACAAUGGGUGACGCAGCUACGGCAUCAUCGAACGUUCCGUCAGAACGAGAUCGCCAUGGAGCCACAAGAGCGACAAUCUGACUCCAUGUCCAUUAGAAGACUUUCCUUUCUCACAAAGCAGCCUUCAGCCUUGUUAAAGAACAACUGGCGGCAAAACUCGCAAGACAUGGAAAAGUGUUGUAAAGAUCUGACAGAGUGCGAGUCUUCCUUGCUCGAAUUAAACCUUCUGCUGAAAAAUAUGGAAGUUCUGCAUAGAACUUUCUCAGCACCUGCCAUCAACACACUGCAGAUCGAAGGCUCCAAAAAAGAGAAGCGUGGACGAAGAUGGCGAUCUAAGAAUUACAGCAAGGAUAAUAAAAACACUGCACAGACUCCUGAUAUAUCUCAUCUGCACGUGUCUCAUCCAAACCUCCAGUAUUCAGAGCCUGUUUCUCCAGACUCGUGUCUAGACAGUCCCGACUCGCCCACAGAAGCCUCUCGAAUGCAGGAGGAGUUCUGUCGGCUUGCUGGUAUUGUUCAUUCCACUCUCCGCUCAGCAUAUUCCUCCCUGUCUUCAGAGAAAGACCGAGUCAGAAACACUUUGGAGACUAUCAGUGAAAAGGAUGUUCUUGAAGGGCCACGCCCUUUGAUGCAGCAGGUGUCAAGUGAGAGUCGAGGGUCAAUCCCAGAGUCUCUGUCAGAGUUCUUUGAUGCCAAGGAAUAUCUGCUGUCCGGUAGCUCAUCUGAGAAUGAGUUGUCAGACGAUGACUCGUAUGUCAGUGAUGUCAGUGACAGCACGUCGGUGGAAUUUUGCAGGAAUGACAAUAGCCGCGUGAGAGAGAUCUUGGAGAACGGCAACGAGUGCACGGUCACACGGCGGCAGCGUUUACCAAGUGCACGUAUGAACGAGAGUGUAAAUCUGUGGAGUAUGUUGCGCAGUAACAUCGGCAAGGACCUGUCGAAAGUUGCAAUGCCCGUUCAGCUCAACGAGCCAAUCAACACGCUGCAGAGACUGUGUGAGGAAAUUGAGUACCACCACCUGCUGGACACCGCGGCAGACACGAACGACCCACACAUGCGUAUGGUGUAUGUAGCAGCAUUCGCUGUGUCUGCAUAUGCAUGUUCGUUCACUAGAGCAGGAGGAAAACCCUUUAAUCCUGUGCUGGGAGAGACAUAUGAGUGUUUGCGACCCGAUAAGGGCUUCCGUUUCAUUUCUGAACAGGUCAGUCACCAUCCACCUGUGUCUGCCUGUCACUGCGAGUCCAAGAACUUCACACUGUGGCAAGAUGUCCGGUGGAAGAAUAAGUUUUGGGGGAAAUCUAUGGAGAUCGUUCCCAUGGGAGUCAGUCACUUAGAAUUGCCGGGUUUCGGGGAUCAUUAUGAGUGGAGUAAAGUCACUUCCUGCAUUCAUAACAUUCUGAGUGGCCAGCGCUGGAUAGAACAUUAUGGGGAAAUGUCCAUCAAGCACACAACCACAACGGGAGAUGUCAGUCAUUGCAAAGUCACUUUCCUUAAGUCGAGAUCUGGAGGUUUGAAUGCUAAUGAGGUAGAGGGUGUGGUUACUGACUCAGAGGGUCGUGUGAUUCACUGUCUGUUCGGCAAAUGGAACGAGGCUUUGUACUUGGGGAAACCGCCCUCGGCAACCUGCAUCUGGAGAGCAAAUCCCAUGCCUGAUGACAAUGAGCAGUACUAUGGAUUCACACUGUUUGCAAUAGAGCUGAAUGAAUUGGAGGAGAGUUUAAAACCCCUCUUACCCUCAACGGAUACACGUUUUAGACCUGACCAAAGACUCUUAGAAGAAGGUGAUAUUACUGGAGCAGAAGAGCAUAAAGAAAGAAUUGAAGUGCUCCAGAGAGAGAGAAGAAGAGUCCUGCAAGAAAACAACAUGACACACUCGCCCCGAUAUUUCAAGCGUGCUGAAGACGACUCGUGGGUGAGCAACGGCACAUACUGGGACCUCAGGAAAGACCCUGGAUUCAGCAAACUAGAAUUCCCUGCGCUUUGGUGACCCCUAAUGGAUUUCUUUCAUUGACUAUACAGUUUCUACUCUGAAUGUAUAUAGAUACCUGUCAUCCACAAUAAAAUCAGGUGCACAUAUGCAGUAGCACAAUAUAGAAAGUAUCUAUAGAAACGUAUUUAUGCCUUACUUGGCACACUGCCUUGCUGCUGUUUACGUAAAUGUAUGAAAAAAUUAACAUUGUAAGUGCCUGGUUAUAUUUUGUUUAUUUACAUUCAAUAAGCACAAUAAGAAAAAAUCAUAUUAAGCGAUCAAGUUAUUCUAUAUUAAAGCUGGCUUCAAAUGCAGUGUAAACAGAUACAGUCAUACAUAAUGAAACAAAGCCCCAACCAUUCAAAAAUACUGUAUUACAGUAAAGAGGAAAGGCCUUUCGACAAAAUGUUAAUUCAUGGAUAUUUACUUUAUUUUUACUCUAUGAAAAGAUUGAAAGUCACAAGUCAAACACUGCCGACUGAGGGACUCAAACAUUAUCAGGUACAUCAGGGAGUAAAUUGGAUAUAAUGUAAAUUGUCACAUACUGUAAUGAUUUAUGUAAUCCUUCAAUAAAAUAUGUAAUAAAAUAUAAUAUAAAAGAUAGGUUUAAAAUAAAUACUGUUUAAAUGAAUGAUGUUUGUUCUGUACAUGUCUGGCCUCCAUGUGUACAGUUUGUCUUUGAAAGUGAGUGUGUGGUAAUCUCUAUGUGGUGUGUCUGUUACACUUGAUAAUGUUGUUCUGUUUUCUGUGAGGUUUGUGGGUUUGGUGUUUUAGAUGUGAUAAACAACUUUUUUUCUCUCUUUAGUCUGUGUCAUAGUGAACAGAUCAGGGACUGUUUCUUUCAGAGGUUCAGGAACGAUUCGCAUCAGUGUAUGAUGACUGACUACAUCUUUGGAUAGCGCAAUAAAUGUUAUGAGCACAA